GAAAAUCGCGUGCGGACGUUUCCAUCUGAAUUUCAAAUCGAGAACGCGUUGAAACGUAACGUAACGAAACGUAACGUAACGUAACGGAACGGAACCAUUUAACGCGUUGCGGCGUCCAUAACCAUUUUUAUAGAAAGAAUCAAGGAUACCAUUAUGGCUUUAGUGCCAGCCACGAAAACGGAAACCGAUUGGGAUUAUUGGGAUUAUCGUCGUCGUUUGUGGCGUGACUGGGAUCUGGAUGACUGGCAUUUGCCCUACUGGAAGCGCUCUUUGUCCCGAGUGGGCUCGGCUCCCGAUCUGAGCCGUGUCAUUGUCGGCAAAGAUGGUUUCGAGGCCAAUGUCGAUGUGCAUCUGUUCAAGCCAUAUGAGAUUACGGUGAAGACCACCGGGGACACUGUUGUCGUGGAGGCCAAACACGAGAAGCGUCGCGAUGGUGACACCUUUGUGGGUCGCCACAUUGUCAAGCGAUUUGUGCUGCCCCGCGGAUAUUAUCCGAAUGAUGUACGGUCGGAGCUCUCCUCGGAUGGCAUCCUCACCGUCCGUUGUCCCCCAUAUCUGAGCAAUGAGCGGAGUGUCUACGUCCGUCAAGUGGGACCCUCGUAUUUAAGCAUCAAGAACUAAUCCCAACAAUAACUGAGCAUACAUAGAGAAGUAGGCAGAUUUGAGAUUUAUGUGUUUCUUUUUUUUUUUGUUUUUGUUUUCUUCAGCAUUCUUCUUUUUUUUUUUUUUUUUUUUUUUUUUAAUUCUGAAGUUGUUUGGAUUUAUCCAUUUUAAUCUUGAUUCGGUUUGGGCACUGCCUUUUGAUAAAAAACAAAAACAAACACAAAAUAGUUAUCAAAAUUGAUGAGCACUUCGAAAAGGAUUUAAUAUGUAUGGUUUUUUUUUUUCUUUAAUUUAAUUUCGAUUAAUUUUUAAGCAAGAGUCACAAGAACAAAACAUUGGAUUUUUUUUGUAAUUAACCAAAAGAAACAAAACAUCAAGAAUUGUUAGUUAAAUAAAAUAAAAAGUUUAAUUUAUUAAUGAAAAAAAA